AUGCUGCCACCCUUCGCCUACUCCGUCUUCCGACUCACGGUCUACCCCGUCUUCAUCGUCCUCAUCACGACCGUAACGGCCAUCGUCACCAUAGACCCAUUCAAGAACAUCACACUUCAGUACUUCGCUAUUGGAAAUAUCGACCAUGAGAAGGAGCAGCAAAUGGGAAGAGCAGUCACAAGAGCAGAGAAGCAAGCGGAGACAUGA